GUUUUGUUUUUGUGAACAGGUUGUCGUAAAGUCUUAAAGGACGAGGAAACAGACGGAAGCUGCGUUGGUUCUGUGUUAGCCGGGAAGCUAACUGUCUGUCUGGUUCCUCGACUUCUUGGUUCCUGACUGGAUAGGAGAGGGAUGUCCUGCAGCUUGUUUGAGUUUUGUAAGAUCCAGGAGCUCAAAACGGUCCGGGACUUCUUGUUCCAGAACCAGACUACAAAGCCGGUUGAGGAGAAGAACCAAACGGCAGAUAAUGAGCUGACUUGGGAUACCUCUGACUGGGAAGCAGCAUGGGAUAGUAGUGAAAAUAAAGAGGAAGAAUCAUCUUCGGCCACAACAGUAGAGGAGGAGAGUUCAGUGCAGAGUGAACCCUGGCUCCAGGACUGUGUUGUGUCCCUGUCGCCCUGCGCCGACCUGCUGGUGGUGGCUCGAGAACAGAAGGCUGUUUUUCUGUCAGCUAAGUGGCGCACAGAUGGCAGCGGCAAGGAGGAAAUGACUCUGUCUGUGUCUUGGUCUGGAACCCUCAGCGCUGAAGAACGAGAGAGUGUGAGCAGCGUCAUUGCUAUCCCCCUAGCCAGCCAAAAAAGGAGCUCCACCGGACGACCUGACUGGACAUGCGUAGUUGUGGGCUUCACAUCGGGUUACGUUCGCUUCUACACAGAGAACGGGGUUCUGCUUCUGGCGCAGCUGCUGCAUGUGGACCCUGUGCUGAAGCUCAAAUGUCGCACGUAUGAGAUUCCUCGUCAUCCUGGUGUAACCGAACAGCAUGAGGAGCUUAGCAUCCUUUACCCUUUUGCUCUGGUCACCAUAGAUGGCUUCAGUCUCUUUCAGUCGCUGCGUGCCUGCAGGAACCAGGUGGCAAGAGCUGCAGCAGCAGGUAGUGAUGUUGUCCCACCUCCACCUCUGGCCUACAAAAAGUGGGGCCUGCAGGAGAAAGACACCAUUGUUGACCACAGUAGUGUGGGCAUUACAACACUGUGUGUGUUUGACCAAAUGAAAAAUGCAUCUAUCCUGGGUGGGUUUAAUGCUUCAGUAAAAGGCAGCCCCCCUGCCAUGAGCCAGUUUGUCACUGUAGGAGCUGGACCAUUCACGGGCUUUUACUAUGCUGUGGAGGGAAACUCUCAGCCUCUUCUGUCCCAUGUAGCUCUGGCUGUGGCCAGUAAACUCACCUCAGCUCUCUUCAGUGCUGCCAGUGGAUGGUUAGGAUGGAACAAGAAUAAAAACAAGAAUGAAGAGGAAGCUGCUCAGAAACAGAAGCCCAAAGUGGAGCCUGCAACCCCCUUAGGAAUCAGGUUUGGUCUGCCAGAUUCCCGGCGCCACGGCGAGUCCAUAUGUCUGUCUCCAUGCAACACGCUCGCUGGAGUCACAGACGACUUUGGUCGAGUGACGCUGCUGGACUUGGCUAGAGGCUUGGCCAUCCGCAUGUGGAAAGGUUACAGAGACGCCCAGCUGGGUUGGCUUCAAGUUCAAGAAGAACGUGGUGAUCGGGAGUUCUCCCCCUCUUCUUCCCUCCCCAGACGUCAUGCUCUGUUCCUCAUCAUCUUCGCCCCCCGCAGGGGUAUCCUGGAGGUGUGGGCCAUGCAGCGGGGCCCUCGAGUCGGCGCUUUCACUGUGGGAAAACAAUGCAGGUUGCUUUAUGCUGGCUACCGUCUGAUGGGGGUGAACAGUGUGACCAGUCAGGGCUGGCAGCUCCACACGCAGCAGGUGUGUCUGCUGGAUCCCACCACAGGAGCUCUGAGAACCAUCAACGUCCCUUUCCACUUAGCCCUCAGUGACAAAAAGAACGAACGAGCCAAAGACAUGCACCUUUUAAAGAGGCUGACUGCUCUGCUGAAGAUGAGCGACGUGGAUCCUGAAACUUUGGAGAGCGAAGCAAAAAGUGUCUUGUUGGAAAUUAAAUACCCUGCCAUUAAGAAGCAGGCUUUGGAGACUUUGCUGUCAAAUAAGGACACUCCUGUUUCCUGUCUUACAAAUGUUACAUGUGCCUUACAUGAUGCUUUGAAGCAACAAGCUGCAGACGAAGUGGACCCUUCGUUACUUCAGCUCUGCUUUGCACAGCUGAAAUUGCUUCAGCUCUACUCUGAUGUGCAGCAGCAUCAGUCUGAUGAAAACACCGAGGCCUGCUCAGAAAAUCAUGAGUCUCUGGAAGGCAUAGAGGAAGAGUUGUCCCGUGUCGCGCCCACCUUGCAACGCUACGCUCAGUUCACCUCAAAACCCAGCGUUUCUUUCGCUCAGGACUCCCCGGACACUCCCCUUUCCGCCCAGGCUUUUCUCUCACAGCUGGAGUGUACCGAGGACGGCGAGGUGAAGGUGAUUCGCAAGUCUGAAGCUGAGUGGAACCAACUAGGAAACUUUAUGUUCUGGGGUUGUUUAUGUUGUAAAAGCCCGAUCCAUAAAGUCUGUGAGACACUUCAAGAGGCUGGUAUCAGUCCACAGCAACUACUGUCUUUGCUGCUGAGUGUGUGGCUGCAAAGGGAAAAGGAAGUGCUGCAGAAACCUGUGGAGACGGUUAUAAACCUACACACACUACUUGUUGCUCUUAGCAACAUGAAAGGUGCAGUUGAGGAUUCAUGGGACCCACAGUCUGUGUGUCCCUGGUGGCAGCAGGUCCGAUGCACAUGCACCCAGUCCCACAACGCUGCAGCUGCGCUGCUGGCUGCUUUAGUCGCUCACCGUGCCGCCAAGGCCAGCAUCACCAGCAGAGCUGAUAGCAAGCUGCAGUCGGAGUGGGAGACCGUGUCGUUGGAGCUGGAGCAGUGGGUGGUGUGUGUUCACCAGCUGGAGGAUGUUCUGGUGCUCCAGACUCUCCUACUGGUACCUUCUCCUCAGGGAACAGCAGGGGGCGCUGCAGUUCAGUGCUCCAUCAAAACACUGCUGGAAGGAGGAACAGGUGGCGUUGCUGACAGUGUUUCCAAGUGGGCGUUCAGGCAAAACAUGGCACCAGAGCGACUGAAGGAAAUUCUUCAGAGGAAAGAAGCUUUAGAAAAGCGUGAGCAGAAUGAGGAGGAAACUGAGGAGAAGAAGAGCCAAGAGGACACAGACAGGACAGCAGAGCUGUUGGUGGCAGUAUGUCAGCGGUUCCCACACUCCCUCUCUCCUGACCUGCUUUUUGCCCACUGCUGCUGGGAGUAUGUAGUCCAGUGGAACAAAGACCCAGAGGAGCCUCAAUAUUUAUCCUGUGCUGUGGAACAUUUAAAGCUCAUCUCCAGUCCUCACAUCCAACUAGGUAUUUCCUCUAUGAUGUGGAGCACAUUUAUCGUAAAGCGCUUCUCAGCAGCUUCUUACCUCAUAGAGAAGGUGGGGAAAGCUCCCAAAGAUCGCUUAUGUCGACGAGAUGUUGGGAUGGGAGACAAAGCCAUGACAUCUUUCCUGGGCUGCUGUGUCCAGCUGCUGCAGAUCCUCAUGGAGGCAGAUUCUGCCACAGAGGAGGUUCCUGCUCCUGAGCUGUCUGUCGAGGAGGUGUGGAGUGGAGCUGAGGGCCCGGCGUCCAUAGCUGAACUCGCCUUGGACCAACGAGGCAUUCACUUUCCUCUGGUCCAACACCACUGCCUGUUAGCUUCGCUGCUACAUGCUGCCAUGAGCUUCAGCGUCAAAGUCAAACCACUCAGCCUGUUUGACAGUAAGGGUAAAAAUGCUUUCUUCAGAGAUCUGACAACCAUCCAGCUGCUGCCCAGUGGAGACAUGGACCCUACGUUGAUCUCGCAGCGAAAAGAGUUUCUAUUCCGGGUACUGUCUGCGUGGGUGCAGGCUAUAGAUGUUCCUUCCAGCUCAGCCCUGGCCCCUGGCUCAACCCCCCCACUUCCCUCUGCUGGACCUAAAGCUGACUGGUGGCCCUCCUUGUGUCUGGAGCUGGGCUCCCUGCUGCAGGUCAACCCCGACAUCCUCCGACGCCACCUCGUCUGUGAGCUCUACAACCAAGGCCUGGACCUGAGAGCUGAACAGGUCGUGUUAGAGGUAGAAGAUAAGGAUGUUCUGGGCUCUCAGCUCUUGGUGCUGACCGGUCAGAGGCUCAGCUACUCUCUGCUCCACAACCAGAAUCAGACCCAGGCUGCCAUGGAGCUGCUGGCACGACUGCCCCCCACCCUCUGCACAUGGCUCAAAGCUAUGGACCCCAGUGAGCUGCGGUGCCCUCUGGUUCCUCUGACCCAAACCAGCCGGUUAGUGAGUCGACUGAUUGAAAUGUUGCCUGAGAAUCACGCACAGUACACCCUGGCUCUGCACCUCCUGGAAGCGGUGGAUGUCCUCUCCACUGAUUGAUCUCUGUGAAGGCAACAGAGAAGUUUUCAUUGACUUUGCACAAACGGAAAAAA